ACACACACACACCGAGGACUGCUAUAGCAUCUUUAUAAGUCUUACACUCUUUCAUCUCCUGUAUUUCCUCCUAUAAUUCUAAGGCAAGAAAUUAUGACGCUUGUUGCAUCAAGACCACAUAACUACUUUCCAUUAGUUAAAGCUGUUUUUAUGCUUGUAUGUGUUUUUAUUAUUUAAAAAAUAUUUCAGACCUAAAACACAAUACUAUAUACAGCUGCAGUGUAAAGAAAUGUGUCCCAAGAGAGGAGAACGAUGUUUUCUUUUUUAAUAUUUAUUACUCUUGUUGGCACUGUGAACUGACACUGAAAUCUUGAUAUUAAUUUUGGCACUUGACUGUGCUGACUGCUGCCAGGUUUCUAUGCCAACACUAUAGCAGUUGACUUACUGUUACUGAACACUUAUUCUUACCUUGGUCAGCAGAAAAAGUAUCCCAUUACUGAUAUAUCCUGUUAUAUCCUGUUACUGAAUUUAAGAUAUAAGGAAUGCUGGCUUACAUACAAGGAUUCUCCUUAGAUUUCCUCUACUUAAUAUUUAGAAUUACAAGUGUUUGGAAUGCUUUCCUGCUUAAUUGAUGUGGUUAAUUAAGGUGUUGGUAUUUUGACUUGAAAUGUAAGCCUCUGUGAAAGUCGGCAAUGUGUAAUAUGGAGACUGUGAGAAAAUGUAUAGUGACAUUGAAGUAAGAUUUGUAUGGUAAAUAGGACUUGUACAGCUGCCUGAUGACUUGUACAGUAAAAAUGUUGGCUACCAUUGGCAUUGAUAGCCCAGUCUACCUUUACCUGAAAUGUUAGUGUGUUUUUUUCCAGUGCAAGGUAAAAUCAGUUCAUGUGUAACACCAUCCUCUGUCUCCAGUAUUUAUGGUAAAGAAAUGUUACUGCUGCAUUUCAUUUCUUUCCCCCUUUAUUCUAGCAGUUAAAUAUGCAGUGACUCAAAGGGGUGGUCGAUGGACUAGUACCAGUCCACAAGCCAUUAGCUUCUAGUGUCCCUGGUGAGUUUCCAAGAAAGAAACAGUUGUGCCAAAUGGGCACAAAUAUGGUACCAGUCCCUGGCACAUUGGGGGAAGAAACUUGCUGAUCCCCACAUCAGAUAGUAUGAGAAACACUGCAUUAGGAUACUCUGUAUAGAGCUGGCUGUCCCCAUGCUCUUCUUUCUCUACCAUUGUCAGUGGUGUGCAAGUGACAUUAAAAGGAGGCUGCCUGCAGAAAGGGCAAGAACCAUGAUGAUAUUUACAGUAACACCUGGUCUGAGUGCCAGGUCGGGCCUUGAUAAUGGCUGCUGCACCUUUAAUAAUGUAAUUAUUCAGACGAAGAGUAAAAAUGUUCCUAGAACUUCAAAUAGAAUCAAAUCCUGAUCUAGACUUUAAUGUCUGUAUUUAGUAUUGAUGUUAAUACUCCAUUGGACUCAUGGGAGCAAUAACUAAGUGUGGUCUAGUGGUUAGAAUUUCGGACUGGAAAAUCCAUGUUCAAGUUCCCACCAAGCCAUGAAACAUGAAAUUAAUGAGUGCCCUUGUGCCAGCCACCUUCUCUCAACCCCCAUAAGGUUGUUGUGAGAAUAAAGUAUGAAAAAGAACAACUGAAAUCAUUGGAGGAGGUGUGGGAAAUACAUGUUGAGCAUGUAUGAGAAUUUAUAAUUAUAAACAACUUAAACAUUAUAUUACUUUAUGAAUAUAAAAUAGAUUUUCAAAGGUUUGAGUUGAAUGAAACUACUUGUGCUCGGAUAAAUAGAAGAAUGUUGCCUUCGAUACCCUACCUAUGUGAUUCCCAAGCUAUGAACCUCCUAAAAAACCCAUAAUCCUUGAGCAUUGGCCAUAUGGGCUAGGACUUCUGGGAAUUGAAGUCCAUAACAUAUGGGAAGUCAAAAUUUGAAAACAACUAUUCUGUGGUAUUCAGUAUUCUAUAAAGUGUUUAUUCCGAGUGCAUGAAUAAUGCUCAUAAUAAAUACUAGUUAUAUUACUUAAGACUGUAGUGUUGUUGUUGCUUUUGCUUGAACAAAAACAAGAUUAUUCCCCUAAAUUGCAUAGUAAAAACCGUUUUUAAAAUUAUCCAAACAGAACAGAGCAGCUGUCUCAGCUGAAAGAAUCUGGAUUUGAUAAGCCUGUGAUUCUUCGUCAUUAUGGUAAUGCCAGGAAAGACAUUUUUGGAAAAGUAUUUCCCCAAAACAUCAGAAGGUAUAUGAGGAAGAGAGUGUCCUCUGACAUCCUGUAUGAAAAACCACAAUUACCAAGGAUCAAGAAGAAUGAGCCAGUCCUUAAGAAACUGCACUAUGGAUUGAUUGAUGGAUCAUCUUUGGUUUACUAUCCCUCUGGACAUUUUGCAGUCUGCCAGAGUUACUCUGAUCUUCCCAAUGGUGGUUUGUACACCAACAUAUUCAGCGAUUUUCCUGAUUGUGCUUUACUUGGAACAUUUACUCCAUUUGGACAUGGCAGCAUUUCCUUUCCUAACAGUAACAACAUAGCAAUGAUAUUUAAUAAGGAAGGAGGUAUGGUGACUAAUGAAGAUGGAGAAAUACUACGCCAGUGGAAAUGGCCUGGAGCAGGAAUGCUUGAUGACCCAGUUAUUAUUCAGGUUAACAAGUAUGUAACUGUGAGGAUCGCUGGACGCUUUGCUGUUUCUUUGAUUUACAAGUGGGAGCAUGAAAUUGUGAAUUUGUCUUUGUCACCAGUACAAGGUGUGGCUGUUCCACAGCGAGAAAAUCUGGGUCAUAUAUUCACAGAAGUUAAACUGUUAUCUAAAUCGAUUAAAGCAUUUACUGAAACACACAGCAAAGCAUUAAAGGAGAAAGAAGAAAAUAUACCUCUGAAAAAAGAAGGGACAAAGAUACCUCAAAACCCAGAAGAGAAUGUAAACCACAUGAAAGAUUUCAGUGCUAUGAGAGAAUUAAGAAUGCUGAGGCAGAAAAUCAAAAGUAUCCUGGAAGACUGGAUGGAAUAUUAUCGGACAACAUUUGAAAUCAGCUCACCACGUAUACAUAAAAGCUCAGCCUUUCCUCAGAGAGGUGGCAGACAGUGCAAAGCACAGUUUGUGAGUGUAUUUCUAGACCCCAACACAACACCGGAAGAGAGGAAUGGUGACCAUGAGACCUCUUUAUCACACAAUGUUUCUCCUUUCCAGUCUGCUCCAGCAUACAGCCACCCAGCACAAGACCUAUUGUCUGGUUCUUCUAGAGCUCCCCAGGUAUUGAGCACUAUUUUAAAAACAAAUCAAGCAGUCCUGCCUCACUUCAUUUCAAACAAAGACAAACCCCCAAAGUCUCCUGCAAAAAGUUUCAACAGUGCCUGCCCUGUAGCCCUUCGAAGAACAAUGAUGGGACAUGAAACAAAGACAUGCCGAUGCAGCAGCUAUCAGAUUCCGUAUGUUACAGACCUGGAGUAUGAUCAUAUUAUUAACAACCAAGUGUCAUCCCCAGAGCAAAUCAUUGUGGUCUGUGUGACUACUUCACAGGGAACAGCCUAUGACCCCAAGACAGAUGAGCAUCUGGAGCAGCUCUAUGAGAGAAAGAAUAAGAACAGGAGUAUGCCUUGUACACAGGGUCGCCUAGAUUCUUUUCGGCUGUUCAAAUAUGAUAUCAACUGCGCAGAUGAAUUUACAGGCCAUGGUGGUUCAUUACUGGUAAAAAGGCAUAAUGUUGGUCCUGGAAUGUUUUUGAUGUACAUCCAAGGAAAGCUGCUUUUUGCCAACUACAUUUUCAAUGGAUACAGCAAAUCUGUGAAAGACCUUCAGAAACAAAUUGUCCUAACAAGGAGCAACUACAAUAGGUGCUACUAUUUACCUGCUGAUUAUAGAUUCAGUUUGAUUGAAAAUAGCUUGCAGAGUUUCCCUGAACACACUGAAGGAAGAAUUUCACAAGAUAUUUCUAGAUGCAUUUCUUAUGCCACUGACAGAUGGGAUGAGCAAAUGGCUUUGAGAAGAAAAACUUUACAGAAAAUGAUGGGCUGAGGCUCCUGAUUAGGUUCACUGCAUAAUGUUACAACUACCUGUCUUUUCAAGAUCAACUAAGCUAGAGAAUAUAUGUAGGAAGAAUUCAAGAUGAUUUAUAUAGAAAUGUCUUAUGAUUUUCUUUGGAGUGCCUCAACCUUGCUGUGCUCUUACCAAAGAGCAAAUCCAAGACAUGAAUCAAAUUGCACAGCAGUAACCAGUUCUUUGCUGGCCAGAUAUCUGGAGAUAGCUGGCUGAUUAUCACAGGACUCUUGGCUCAUGUGAGUCCAGUAUUCCUAAAGCGAAUAAAUUUUCAAGAGAAAAAAAAGUAGAUAUAUUAUCAAAAACUAGUAUACUUUUCAGUUGCUUCCAAAGGCAGUUCUUUUGGAGGAAGUGUUUAUAACACAGUUUUGUGCUCUUCACUUGUACUCCUUGUCCUGGUGAUCUUAAGAUUGUUCUCAUACCAGACACAUCAUCACCGAAAGUCCAUGGAUGGAAUUGCAGCAGAUCUGAAAUAGCUGUUAUCCGAAAGGACCCAUGUGCCCCUCAAUUUGCUGAGAAUUUCUUCCAGACAGUGCCUCUCAGAGAGCCCUGUUGCUGUUCUUCCCAGCUCCCUCAACUUCAAAGGUAACUGGACAUUUCUGUACAAGAGCGUCAGAAAACAAAGCAGUAGGUACACAUUUUUGUGAUUUUCAUCAACAAACCCAUUUUGAAGUUAGGAUAAGUUAAAAGGCAGUGUCAUACUUCUAAUGGAGCAUUUUCCUACAGUGGCGGUCUCAUAUUUCUUUGCACUUCUUUGAAUCAUGGCCCUUACAAGAUUCUUAUUAUUGAUGUUGUAUGUUCGCACAUUUUUCUUGAUACUUUAUAUUUUGAAAUACACCAGAAAGUUCUCAUGAUUUUGAACUAUACAACUUAUAGAAGGGCGGCACCGACACUGAAAUGCAGAACCAUUUAAAUUGAGGAAUCCAAUUUCUAAUUCAGUUUUGGAUGAACUUCAGUUUUGCUAAGAUACUUUACUGCAAAUAUAUUAAUAAGCCGAAGGAAAAUCAUUAUAUAGAAGAGAACAAAGUUGCUAAGCAGUGACCAAAAAUGUGAGGUGGAUGCAAAAGAAAAUAUUUGUGUGUCCCCUCCACCAAGGACUGAAAUUGAUAGAAAACCCUGAUGCAUUCUCCAAGUUUUUUUUAAUUACAACUCUCAUUACCUCCAGCCACAAUGUGAAAAGAAAUGAUGGGAGUCAGAGUCAAAGACUUUGGGAGUGGGACUAAAAUUUGGGAGAGGUUUUAUUUACUGAGAUUGACAUAACUAAAAACAGAUUCAGGUUUUUUUAUCUUUAGCUCUUGUAUAUGAUAAGUAUGCUGUCAGAGAACUCAAUUUUAAUUUAAAUAAAUAUCCAUAUUCAUUUCU